AUGACUCGGGCCCUCGGGACAGCGGUCGCCCUUAUCGGCGUGCUCGGCGCCACGCCGGACGCAGCGCUGCUCCGCGCCAUGAACUUAGCCGGUGGCACCGAGGAGGUGAUCACCGUGUGGCGGUACGUCGCCGUCGGCCUCAUCUGCUUGGCUGUGGCGGUGUACAAUGAAGGGGGGGUGGGUCCGCUUCUCAAGGGGAUAGUACGUUCGCCCGGCCCGAUCCUUAUGGCUGCUGUUCUCAUGCUUGGCAUCAACCUCGGCUUCACCAUCAGCCUGCUCAAGGCGCGCUGCGCUGCCCCUGCCCAAUCCGCGGCCGCCACGGUGGACCCGGCCAAGGCGCUGCUGCUCAUCAGCCUCAACCCGCUCUGGUCGGCAAUCCUGGGCGUGAUUGUGCUGGGAGAUGCGCUGCCGAUGCGCACAAUCCUUUGCAACGUCGCAGCCAUCUGCUCGAUGGUCCUUGUCUUCGUUCCCAACGUCCUUGCCGCCAUGAAUGGCGAGCCGCCGCCGCCCUCAGCGGAGGGGCGGAUGCUCAGCGUGUAUUCGUACACCGUCGCGGCCGCCGAGGAGAACCCGGUGAUGGUGCUCAUCCCGCUGGCAACUGGGAUGCUGCAGGCCCUCUUCCUCAUCUACGUUCGGUACGUCUCGAUGAAGAACCCGGACGUCUCGUUCGAGUCGGUGCCCGCAUUUGGCGCCGCCUUUACCGCCAUCGCCCCCACGAUCACGGCCCUCUCCGCCGGAGUGUCGCUCACCGGAGGCUUGCAGCCGAUCUUUUGGGGCCUCCUCUUUCUCAUGGGCCUUGGCCUCGGAGCGUACAACGUCGCGUGUGUUGUUGCCCCCAAGUACAUCACAGGCGCUGAGGUUGCCCUCAUCCUGCUCCUUGAGACGGUUGGCGGCCCGAUCUGGGUGUACCUCAUCUAUGGUGACGUCCCCAACAACUGGACUAUCGCAAGUUGCACCCUGCUUGUGGCGUCGCUCUUGGUGCACGAGAUUGCGGGCAUGAUGUCUUCGGGAGAGGACCACAAGACGACUUUGGAGCCGGGGGUGCGCUAA